AUGGCUGAUGCUGGAGCAUCGAUCACUGUCACGUCUUUUACCAACUUCUUCUGCUUUGCUCUUGGGUACUAUAUGUGCUCUACACCAGCUGUCUCCGAAUUCUGCUUGAUUACUGCUUGGGCUGUCCUGAUUGACUACGUUAUGCAGAUCACCUUCUUCGCAGCAGUACUCUGCUAUUCAGGACGUAAAGAGGAAACCGGAGGGCUGUCAUCUUGCUGCUACAAGAACGAGCCCAAGGAGGGGAAUGACCCUUCUUCACCUCCUAUUGAUAAGGUCGAGGAGGUCGAGAUCGACGUUCAACAUCACUCCAAGGCGGCUAACUUACCGGUUCAGCACAAAUUCUUCGGUGAACGCUUCGCUCCAUUUGUACUGCGGCGUGAUGUUCGUUUCAUCAGUUGGAUUUUCUUCAUUGCUUAUACAUGUGUCUCGCUUUAUGGAUGCUGCAUUCUUAAGGUCGAUAUCAGUCCUGUGAAGUACAUCAGAGACAAUUCGCCAAUCCAGACAUUUGUUAAACUCGCUGACAAAUAUAUUUGGGCCGAUAAUGUGAUGCCAACCUUCCACGUCAUGAACCCACCCGAUCUUCGUGAUGCCGGCAAACGUGCAAAACUGAAUGAACUUGUUUAUCGUUUGGAACACACUAACUAUUCCAUUGGAAGAGUGUCGACGAAUUUCUGGAUGUGGCAGUACCAACAGUACCUCAAUGAUUUCCCUGAUGUUGAUUAUCAAAAAGAUUUCUACAACAGGAAGUACUUGAAGAAUUUCUUUGAUCAGCUCGAUUAUCAGCAGUAUCGUAAUAAUGUUAAAUUCUUUAAUAAUGUUACGAAUGGUGAACCAUGCAUUAGGGCGUUUGCAUUCGAGACGUCUUUCUAUGGUUUGGACAGUUGGGACAAACGACAAGCUGAACUCUUCAGAUGGAGAGCUAUAUUGGACGAGUAUCCCGAAUUCGACAUGUUCCUUGCAAAUAUUUUCAGUCCUUUCCUGAUUGACCAACGGCACACGAUCGCGCCGUCUUCGAUGCAAACGAUUGGCGCUGCUCUUGCUAUGAUGGCACUCAUUUCCUUUUUCUUCCUGCCGGACGCGCAAUCCGUUUUCCUCAUGACAUGGUCGCUACUAUCCAUUUCAAUGGGUGUAUGUGGAGGAUUAGCCAUGCUCGGAUCCGAUCUUGAUUCCGUCAGUAUGGGAUGCAUUGUAAUGGCUAUUGGACUGGCUGUGGAUUAUUCUGUACAUAUUUGCUAUCGCUAUCAUCGCUCUGAAUAUACAAGAUCAUCAGAAAAAGUUCGCGACACCUUGUGCUCAGUAGGAUGGCCGAUCACGCAAGCUGUGUCAUCAACUUUGUUUGGUCUCUCCACGACAGCAUUCGUUCCAGCUUAUCUUGUCAGAGUGUUCUUCCAGACCGUAUAUCUUGUCAAUUUCAUAGGCUUGACUCAUGCGCUUAUAUGGUUGCCACAACUGAUUGCAGCACUCGAUCCAUGCGAACGAGUACCGCUGAGGUUACGAUUGAAGAAAAAUUAG